AUGAACAAGAUGCGCGAGAUGCAGGAAAAAGCCGAAGAAGAGGCUAAGAAGUCACUCAAGCGACCACCCACCAACCGCUGCACUGGGUGUAACCACAAAUUUCACGACGAAGACGACGAAGAAGUAAGAGAACUUGUGAGAGCUGCGUCUCCGACACAUUCAAUGGCAUGCACCGCUCUUGCCACUGUCAAAGUUCCAACUUCGGGGUUCCGUACUGCAUGGUACCAUAUGAGUUCUGCCCCAAGAGGAACGGUCUACCGAGGCGACAGGCAUCCCCCGGCUGCAGACGGAGAUCCAGAUGUCUACGAAGACAAGCCCAGAAAAUGUGGCAGCUGUGGCGAAAUCAGUCUUUGUCUUAAGAAGGAAUUCCUAUAG